AUGGCGGCGUUUCUCCACCAGCUUGGGUUCCGCUCUACCCGCUCGGACGCCUCGCUCUUCGUCUAUCAUCAGGGCUCUAACACGGCCUACUUGCUGCUCUAUGUCGAUGAUAUCAUCCUGACGGCAUGUACGGCUGGUCUCCUCAGUCAGCUCACGGCUCAUCUUCGCGCUGAGUUCGCCAUCAAGGACUUGGGUCCUUUGCACUACUUCCUCGGUGUCGAGGUGGUGCGCCGUCCGGAUGGCUUCUUCCUUCAUCAGCGAAAGUACGCUCACGAGCUCCUGGAGCGUGCCGGCAUGCUUAACUGCAAGCCCAGCGCUACGCCUGUUGAUACGAAGGCCAAGCUUUCUUCCAUGGAUGGUUCUCCUGCUUCAGAUGCUGCUUUCUAUCGGUCUAUCGUUGGUGCUCUCCAGUACCUCACUCUGACUCGACCGGAGAUCCAGUAUGUUGUGCAGCAGGUGUGUCUUCAUAUGCAUGAUCCUCGAGACGUUCAUUGGGCUACCGUCAAGCAGAUUCUCCGCUAUAUCUGUGGCACUAUGGAUCUUGGCAUCACGCUUCAUGCCUCCGCCGACACCGCCCUCACCGCCUACUCUGAUGCAGACUGGGCGGGCUUCCCUGAUACACGUCGCUCCACUUCGGGCUAUUGUGUCUACCUUGGACCCUCACUUAUCUCGUGGUCCUCCAGGCGGCAGCCUACGGUCUCUCGUUCCAGUGCUGAGGCUGAGUAUUGUGCGGUGGCCAACGUCGUCGCCGAGUGUUCGUGGCUUCGCCAGCUACUUCAGGAGCUCUCUUGUCCUGUUGACCGUGCCACGGUGGUCUACUGCGAUAAUGUCUCGGCGGUCUACCUCUUCGCUAACCCGGUUUAUACAAAGAGGGGGAUUAGCGGCGGCUGGAAUUCUGGACCUGAAAAAGCUAUGUCAGAGAUACCUAUCCUGCACAUCUCCAACUGA